GCCGCAGGAAAACUUCCAGCUCGCUCUCCUGGCGACGAUCCUCGCUGUACAUCAGACCAGAGGCGCCCACGCCAGGGAGGAUGCGAGAUGACCGGCGCCUUGGUAACCUGACCAUCUCCGCCGAGCCUUCGGAAGGCAGCCCGAGCUGUCUGCUCGCAGGCCAAGCAGGCGUCUCUCGUGUGUGUGUGCGUGUGUGAGUGAGGGUGUGUGUGUGUGUGUGUGUGUGUGCGCGCGCGCGCGCACGCUGGGGCCGUGCGUACGUGUGUCUGGAUGAGUGUGCGAGUGCACGUGUGAGUGUGUUUGUGUGCAAGUGUGUGACUGCCCGGGGCGAUUAUUUUUCCUGGAAGAAACAUCUUGAAAAUCUAGGGCAGGUUGCUGUGCUACAAGGGAGGUUCUCUCUCUCUCUCUCUUUUUUUUUUUUGCAAGAGGAGUUGACCAGAGCAAGCCAUUUUUUCGUCGAGUAAAGGGAAUUUUUUUUUCCUCCCUGAAGGAGAAGGAUUUUUGUUUUUUGCCCUCCCUCCGCUCUACAGACGAGUAGAAGAGAUCAGCCCUUAAAACCUGUGAAAUCAACCAGAGCCGUGCGAUCCCCAGGGCGUGAGGGAGGAGGGCUGGGCAGAAAAGGAGAGAUCAAUCAGACAGCUUGCCGGUCCCUUUGGCCACGGAAGAUGUCAUCCCAGACGAAGUUCAAGAAAGACAAAGAGAUCAUUGCCGAAUAUGAAGCCCAAAUAAAAGAGAUCCGCACGCAGCUGGUGGAGCAAUUCAAGUGCCUGGAGCAGCAAUCGGAGUCGCGGCUGCAGCUGCUGCAGGACCUGCAGGAGUUCUUCCGGCGGAAAGCGGAGAUUGAGCUCGAGUACUCCCGGAGCCUGGAGAAGCUGGCUGAGCGGUUUUCCUCCAAAAUCCGCAGCUCCCGGGAGCACCAGUUCAAGAAGGACCAGCACCUCCUCUCGCCGGUGAACUGUUGGUAUCUCGUUCUGCAUCAGACCAGGCGGGAGAGCCGAGACCAUGCCACCCUCAAUGACAUCUUCAUGAACAAUGUCAUCGUCCGCCUCUCCCAGAUCAGUGAGGAUGUCAUCAGGCUCUUCAAAAAGAGCAAGGAGAUCGGCCUGCAGAUGCACGAGGAGCUUCUGAAGGUGACCAACGAGCUCUACACGGUCAUGAAAACCUACCACAUGUACCACGCGGAGAGCAUCAGCGCUGAGAGCAAGUUGAAGGAGGCCGAGAAGCAGGAGGAGAAGCAAUUCAACAAGGCGGGAGAGCUCAGCAUGAACCUGCUCCGUCUGGAGGACCGGCCCCAGCGCCGCAGCUCCGUGAGGAAGGUCGAGAAGAUGAAGGAGAAGAGGCAGGCAAAGUACUCCGAGAACAAGCUGAAAUGCACCAAGGCCCGGAAUGACUACUUGCUGAACCUGGCCGCUGCCAACGCAGCGAUAAGCAAAUACUACAUCCACGAUGUCUCUGAUCUAAUCGAUUGCUGUGACUUGGGCUUUCAUGCCAGCCUGGCCCGAACCUUCCGGACCUACCUCUCGGCUGAGUACAACCUGGAGACCUCCCGCCACGAGGGGCUGGAUGUCAUCGAGAACGCAGUAGACAACCUGGACUCCAGGAGCGACAAGCACACCGUCAUGGACAUGUGCAACCAGGUCUUCUGCCCGCCACUCAAGUUCGAAUUCCAGCCCCACAUGGGGGAUGAGGUCUGCCAGGUCAGCGCUCAGCAGCCCGUCCAGACGGAAUUGCUCAUGCGGUACCACCAGCUGCAGUCCAGACUGGCCACGCUCAGAAUAGAGAAUGAGGAGGUUAGGAAAACCCUGGACGCUACCAUGCAGACCUUACAAGACAUGCUGACAGUGGAGGACUUUGAUGUCUCGGACGCCUUCCAGCACAGUCGAUCUACAGAGUCCAUUAAGUCCGCUGCCUCUGAGACCUACAUGAGCAAGAUCAAUAUUGCCAAAAGGAGAGCCAACCAACAGGAGACAGAGAUGUUUUAUUUUACAAAGUUUAAAGAGUACGUGAAUGGCAGUAACCUCAUCACCAAACUGCAGGCCAAGCACGACCUGCUGAAGCAGACUUUGGGAGAAGGAGAAAGAGCAGAAUGCGGCACCACCAGCAGAAGAGAUGGAAGGCUUAGGCCACCCCACUUCCCCUGGCUGGGCUGCUCCCCUGCUCCCCACUUUGUGCCCCACCCAGCACUUCAAGGAAGAAGAAAUGCUCGAACCAGGAACCAGGACUCAGGACAAGCUAUACCACUUGUGGUUGAGAGCUGCAUCCGGUACAUCAAUUUAUACGGACUCCAGCAGCAAGGGAUCUUCAGAGUGCCGGGGUCUCAGGUGGAAGUCAAUGACAUUAAAAAUUCCUUUGAGAGAGGCGAAGACCCGCUGGUGGAUGAUCAAAAUGAACGAGACAUCAAUUCCGUGGCUGGUGUUUUAAAACUGUAUUUUCGUGGACUGGAAAACCCACUUUUUCCUAAGGAAAGCUUUCAAGAUUUGAUAUCUACUAUUAAACUGGAGACCCCAGCUGAGAGGGUACACCACAUCCAACAAAUCCUCAUCACCCUGCCCCGCGUGGUCAUCGUGGUCAUGAGAUAUCUCUUCGCUUUCCUCAACCACCUCUCCCAGUAUAGCGACGAGAACAUGAUGGAUCCCUACAACCUGGCCAUCUGCUUCGGGCCCACCCUCAUGCACAUCCCUGAUGGGCAGGACCCCGUGUCCUGUCAGGCACACGUCAAUGAGGUCAUCAAAACCAUCAUCAUCCAUCAUGAAGCCAUCUUCCCUAGCCCCCGAGAGCUAGAGGGGCCCGUGUAUGAAAAAUGUAUGGCUGGAGGGGAAGAAUAUUGCGACAGCCCACACAGCGAGCCAGGGGCCAUCGAUGAAGUUGACCAUGACAAUUGCACUGAGCCUCACACCAGCGAUGAAGAAGUGGAGCAGAUCGAGGCGAUCGCCAAGUUUGACUACGUGGGGCGGUCCCCCCGUGAGCUGUCCUUCAAGAAGGGGGCCUCGCUGCUGCUGUACCACCGGGCCUCCGAGGACUGGUGGGAAGGCCGGCACAAUGGCGUGGAUGGACUCAUCCCACAUCAGUACAUCGUUGUACAGGACAUGGACGAUGCCUUCUCGGACAGCCUGAGCCAAAAGGCGGACAGCGAGGCCAGCAGCGGGCCACUGCUGGACGACAAGGCCUCCUCCAAGAAUGAUCCCCAGUCCCCAACGGAGCACAUCGCCGACUACGGCUUCGGGGGGGUGAUGGGCCGAGUGCGUUUGCGAUCGGACGGAGCAGCCAUCCCCAGGCGCCGGAGCGGGGGCGACGCGCACAGCCCGCCCCGCGGCCUGGGCCCCAGCAUAGACACGCCGCCCCGCGCCAGCGCCUGCCCCAGCAGCUCGCACAAAGUGACCCUCGUCCGGGGCAGGAUGGAGAGCCCAGAGAAGCGGCGGAUGGCGAUGUUCGGGAGCGCCGGCAGCAUCAACUUCCCCGACAAGAAGGCGCUCUCUGAGGGUCACUCCGUGAGGUCUUCCUGCGGCUCCACCAGGCACAGCAGCCUGGGGGACCACAAGUCCCUGGAGGCCGAGGCCUUGGCAGAAGACAUCGAGAAGACCAUGAACACGGCUCUGCACGAGCUGCGGGAACUUGAGAGGCAGAACACGGCCAAGCAGGCACCGGACGUGGUGCUGGACACGCUGGAGCCCCUGAAGAACCCGUCAGGCCCCAUCAGCUCAGAGCCUGCCAGCCCCCUGCACACCAUGGUCAUCCGAGACCCCGAUGCUGCCAUGCGCCGCAGCAGCAGCUCCUCCACCGAGAUGAUGACCACCUUCAAGCCCGCCCUGUCUGCCCGCUUGGCCGGAGCCCAGCUGCGUCCACCCCCCGUGAGGCCCGUGAGGCCCGUGGUCCAGCACCGGUCCAGCAGCAGCAGCAGCUCAGGCAUGGGCAGCCCGGCGGUGACGCCCACGGAGAAAAUCUUCCCCAGCAGCUCAGCGGACAAGUCGGGCACCAUGUGACCUGCAGGAGGGGCCCGGCACCGCCACGCCCCUGCGGCACACCAGGGCCUGGGGUGGCCCUGGCCUUUGGCAAAAGAGUGGCAGACCAGCCUAGGGGUGGGGGGGGCUGUGUCUGGGCAGAGCUGGGGCAGAAGGCAUUUGCUGCAGCUCAGGUGCAGCUGGGUGAAUCCGAAGGUCACGUGAGAACACACACCAAGGAGUGGAGGGACCAGAAGAGCCUCAGCUCGAGCAUUUCCUAAGGACUGGUUUCUCCCACAGAUCAUCACUGGAAACUUAGUCUCUCUGCAUACAUAUAUAUGCACAUGUCUAUGUAUAUGCAUAUAUAGACACACAUCUGUAUAUGUAUGUGUCUAAGUGUGUGUGUGUAUUUAUGCAUCUAUAUACAUAUACUAGAUCUGGACACACACAUGCUAAAUGUAUAUAGGAUCUCCUUUUCCUUUUUACAAAACUUAGAUUUACCUCAGACCCGUGCCACCAAACGUCUCCCACUGAGUGGUUUGGUGGGAUUGGCAGGGACUUUUCUGGGAGCGUUCAGAGGCCCACGGUAACUUCGAACGAAGCAAUACGCCACUAACCUGCAGAAACAAAACCAACACACUCUCCCUCGGUUCUCAGAAGUCGUGGCCUUCCAGAACAGUCUGUCCCCCUCAAGCAGGCUGUUCCCUAAAAGUGGGGAACCCUUCCCAGAAAACAACCCCUGUCCGCCCCCAGAGACUCUGCCCUUCCACCCAGAGGCCAAAGGCCAACUGUACCCCCAAAAGCACGGGCAGAAGUUGGUGCCAGAAGAACCCCAGAUCACGGACCCCUCGUGUUUGACGUCGAGAAAGGGGUGAUGAGAAUCUAAGCCCCACAACCUCAGCACAGCAUUGCGUGUGGUUGGGGACAAUGAAGAACAAGCUGUAUCUCGUGGUGUGGAAAACUUCAAAACCUAGACAUGCUGUAAGAAUAAUUCUGUGGUAACUAUAGAGGUUUAACUUAUACCGCUUUCAGAAUAUGUUUUUUUCUUUUCCUCUUUCUACUAAUUAUACUGUGUCCAUUUGGAACUCACAGGUGAGGAGGCUUCCCGUCCAUCAUUUAACUCCAUGUCAGGCCACAUGGACUCUCGCUGGGGCCCUGUUGCAUGAAAUGCAUGCGGCUGAACCGCCCAGCUCAGAGCAGGGCCAAGGAGGGGGGGCGGUCCCUCACUAGAAAGUACCACCAAAGCAGAUUGAGUUUAUGCAAGGGAAUCCCUACCCCCACCCACCCACCCACUCUCUCGCUGCCUCCUAUCCCACCAGAGAUGAGUUGGGGGGAUGAGGACGGAGUGGGGAGCUGCCUUCUGGCUGGAAAGAAGGUCUCCCUGGGGCCACUCACAUUGGACCCCAUUGCACUUCCUCUUUUGACCUCUUGGGCUCUAUUCUUUUCUAGAGAUGACCUGCUUCUGGAUAACAGAGCAUGGGCGACUCUGGCCCCAAUGGGACCUUUAGGGUCUCCUCUCCACCGUAUUGACGCCCCUUGUCUCUGCUGUUCUCAUGACAGCUCCGAGGGUUUGUCUGGGGCUAAGAUUCGGAGUCAGAGUCUGGUGGUUGAGCCCCAGCCCUGCUUCUCAGGAGCGUCCACCUCACCGAGCCUCCUUUCCCUGUCCGUCAGGUGAGGAUGGUGAAGACGACGUGAAUGAACGAGCUUUGUCAACUGGAACGUCGUGCACAGACGCUUGUUGUUUCCGUUCGCGAGAUCAGUCCUGUGGCUCAAACACCAUCUGACAUUCAUUCUGAAACUUCCUCAUGGCGUGUAGGAAGGGGGCAGCAGAAUGUCCCUACCAGCUCAGUUAAGAUCCUGGUGGCGGGGACUCACGAUACAGACCCCCACUGAAGCUGGCACUCCCAUCCAGAACAUUGCAACCUGCUGGGCCCUGUUUUGUCCUGUCAAAGGCAAAUACCCCUUUGGCAUAGGGAGGGACCUAGAGGUCAAGCUUUGAGCCUGGGAGAGCCAGCGCAGUGGGUGGAAGAAUGGAGACUGUAGACAAAGAGAAUGACGGCAGGGAGUGGUCAGCGUCUCAUCUGGCCUGCCUUGCUGCCCCUCAAGUCCGCCCUCCCCGGAUCUGUAAGGGCCUGGGGAAUCAGGGAAAAUGCCGAGGGAAAAUGCUUUUGAGCAGAAAGGUCGUAACCUACUUACAGCUUACGGAAAGCAAGACUUUGGGGUGGGCAGUGACUGACCCGGGGACGUCAGAGAUAGCUGAGGGUGGCCUAGCUGGUAAAGUCGUUAUUUGGAAGGGUUCCAUAUUCUCCAGCCAAAAUACUAGACUUCUAGCUUGGACUCCAGAGAUGCUAGCAGACCGUAAACCUUGUCGUGGUCCCCCGCAUCAUGCCGAGCUGGCUCCCAGGAUGACCAGACAAGAAGGGAGCCUGUGCGCUGACCCAGCUGUUGCCCGGUGUGUGUGAGACACUCUCUCUGGAUGGACUACCUUUUAUCUUCCCCGACUGGCAAUGGGCCCGCCUUCCAUCGAUGCACAUGACAGCGGAGCCUUACCUUCUGUCCACGGAGCACCCACUUUUCCUGUGAGGGGACAUGGUGGAUGGUCCCACUUUCAGGAAGUGGCGGACCUGCUGCCCCAGCCCCAGAUCUGAGCCCGAUGCAGAACCAAAUGGACCCACCCCCCCCUCCCCUGGCCCUGCUCUCCUCCCCCAGCACUGCAUGUCUCCAUCGUUACUCUGCCCCUGUCCUCCCCAGCAGUGUCCCGGGGGUCAUUUGCAUCCCCUCCAGACUCCUGCCUAUGUGAGUCUACUCUUAUGUUGCUGUGUUUGCUUCAGUGCGGGAGAGUAACUGUUAAAAUGUGAAACUCUCUAUAUAUUUUAUUUUUACAAAGGCUACAGUUAAAUUAUAGCCAGUGGCACUCACCAAAUCUUCGCACCUAGUAGACAGAUCAAUGUUGAAAAGCAACCAAACAAAAACCACAAUCUCCAGCCCUAAUUGUACAAUGAGUGUGGGGGAACUAGUAACCAAGUUAGUAGUCCUCAGUCUAACCAAUCACACAAGGGAAGCCGUGUUUGCCUCCUUGGCAUCCCCAGCCCCAACAGCUGGCCAGUUGGUAUCUGCUUCAGGGUGAUUUCUUUCCAUAACCUUUGGCCUGCCCUGAGGUCAAACCUUUCAUCUCUCUGCAUAACCGAUGUUCGAUGUUCAGUCUGUUUUAGGAAUGAACCAGCAAAGAUGUUCAUUUGCAAACUGACCAAAGACAAUUCCUGGUCCAGUUUCUUGGGCCUCGUGGCUCAGUGGCCGCUGAAGAGGACCAGUGGCUAUCCUUCCUGGGAUGAAACCGAGAACAAGCCGUGCUUCCUGCCCCACCCACUCUCCCCUUUUCCCCUUAACGAGCUGCUCUGAACUGUGGGAUUCCAUGAAAAAUUCUUGCCUUUCCCUGUUUUCAGUGCUAAUGAUUUCUCACCUUGAAGCGCCUUUUGAACCCUGGACUGAGCACACAAUUGGAGGGAAUUGUGGGCUUGGGAAUUCGACUCGGGGGUCUGUUCUCUAAGGGCGCCGGUCCAGAGGUCCGUGGACAAAUGGAUUCCCAAAGGACAAGAGCUUCCAAACCAUGGAUAGCUGGGAGUGGGAGGAGACGGGAGCCUGAGCCAACCUUCCUCACCAGCUGGAACCAGCCCUGCAGAGAUCUGCCUUAUAAACACUUCAGAGGUGGGGUGCGGUAUGCGGAGGGGAGCCUGGCAGGGGAGAAGGGCCUUCAGGUGGGGGGCUGCCCUCUUUGCUGGUAUCCCUUGGCGUGCCUUGUCAGGUAACUUCCCUUCUCAUUCAGGAGGGGUGACGGCUGCAGCCCGCUGGGACCCAGUCCUGUUUGGGCGCCCGGCUGUGCACAAGGCCCAUGGAAGACCAGCCGCAGGGACUGGCUGCGUCAGAGUUUCUCCCUCUUGGCCUCGCUGGUCCUAACUUUCCACACAUCCAGAUGGUUCCGCGUGAGGGAAGACGCCCCAUUUUCCUGAGGCACCCAGAGAGAAGAGUGCCUGGCUUACCCGUGGCGGUUGGACUUGGAAGGGAUGAGGAGGGGAAGGCCGAUGGGGCCCAGGGGAGGAUGCUGAUUUUCUGCUAUGCAGAGCUAGUGCUAACAUUUCAAGUCAACCGCCUGGCUCUCUGGGGGAGGAGGGGGUCUCCUCUCCUUUGAGUGGUAGAUGCAGAGAAUUGCACCACCCCCACCCCAACCCACCCCCCACGGAUACACACACACACACACACACACACACACACACACAGACCCAACACUGCCCAGGGGAGCUGCGAGAAGGGUUGUCUGCUCUGAGUCCUCCGAGCCUCUCUGGGGUUGACACGCCUGUGGCCUGCUGUCCCGUCCUUUGGGACUGGCCGCAUGGCCAUCUUGCCCCUCACCGACCCCUCCUUUCUGUGUGAACUGCCCUGGGGCAAAUCACAGCUUCUGUUCCCUGAACCAGGACCGCUGGACUGCACUUUCUCCUCUUCCUGUGCAGGAAGACCUCCCUGGCUGGAGUCCCUGCCCCAGCCGGGCCCAGCCGAGUACUGUUUACAUGGCUUGGCAAUAGGUUUGUUUCUGAUUGCUUCAGAGUGGCUUGUCUGUUCCAUUCUGUUUGAUUUCACGCCUCCCCACAUCGUGUCAGGAAACGCGAAUCAGAACCCCCACCCCGGAAACUGCUGGUUCCCUGUCCCCCUGUGAUGACAAGUGUCACCUCUCCUGGAUACUGUUUCUCCACCUGAUGACCAAACGCCUGUCCCGUGCAGCGUCUGACUGGAUCCUCUGCUGUGUGUUCUGACGGUGCCUGAUGGUUGGAUGUGGAAUUACCCUGUGAAAUAAAACAGCUUAACUUUUCUCAAA